UAAAGAGCGAAAUAAUGUUCACAGCCAAAGAGGAAGUACUGUUAUUCUGUAACACCGAGGAGAUGAUAAAAGUUUUGGAAGUGUAACUGACACGAGCCGUUCCUCAGCAUGACAUCGAAUGCCUUGUGCACAUAGAAAUAGUCUAACAGCGGCACCUGACUUACCGAUGCUUGUUUGUCUGAAUGAGAGCAAAUCAGCCAGCUUCCAUGCUAUUGUAGCAAACUUCCUAUUAAUAGAAACGAAUAGCACGCGUGGAAGUGGCGUUCAGGCGUCUAUACUUUUGGCCAUAUACGUAUGUAACUCUUCCUGCUCUCUGCGAGAUGGACAAGUAUGAGAAACUGGCCAAGAUCGGCGAGGGCUCAUACGGGGUGGUGUUCAAAUGCAGACACAAGGACACCGGUCAGAUCGUGGCCAUUAAAAAAUUUGUCGAGUCUGAGGACGACCCGGUCAUCAAGAAGAUCGCGCUGAGAGAAAUCCGUAUGCUGAAGCAGCUGAAGCAUGUGAAUCUGGUGAACUUGCUUGAGGUCUUCAGGAGAAAGAGACGUCUUCAUCUAGUCUUUGAGUUCUGUGAACAAACUGUUUUAAACGAACUGGACAAACACCCCAGAGGGGUUCCUGAGGCGCAACUCAAGAGUAUUGUGUGGCAAACUCUACAGGCUGUGAACUUCUGUCACAAACACAAUUGUAUCCACCGGGACGUCAAACCAGAGAACAUUCUUCUUACCAAGACCGGCGUGAUCAAACUAUGUGAUUUCGGCUUUGCUCGCAUCCUCACAGGUCCAGGUGACGAUUAUACUGAUUAUGUGGCAACACGAUGGUACCGGGCCCCGGAGCUCUUGGUUGGAGACACUCAGUAUGGUCCCCCAGUGGACAUCUGGGCCCUCGGUUGCGUCUUUGCCGAACUGCUCUCUGGAAAUCCUCUUUGGCCUGGACGUUCUGACGUGGAUCAACUGCACCUCAUUCGACAAACACUGGGUGACUUGAUCCCACGGCAUCAGCAGGUGUUCCGCUCCAAUGUCUUCUUCAGUGGAGUCAGUAUCCCUGAGCCUGACACCAUGGAGCCGCUAGAGAAGAGGUUCCAUGGUGUUUCUCCUCAUGCUAUUACUGUGAUGAAGUCCUGCCUUGUAAUGGAUCCAUCAGGCAGGUUGUCAUGUGAAGAGCUUUUAGAGCUGCCAUACUUUCAGGAGGAUGGUGGGACAGGAUGGAGCAGAGAAACUGAUCGUCUCCCAAGACGCUAUGAGAAAGGCACAAGACGCAGAGCUCCCGCGCCUCAAUACUUUCCCCAGCUGACCAAUAGCAACAUCUCACCAGCACCUGAAAUGAAGAAUAAAAACAGACACAAACAUGACCAUCAUCUACCCAACAUCUGACCUUGGAACUGGUGCAAAUGCGUUUGGAAGAGAAAACAUGUUUUCUAUGCUUUUAGAUAGAAGUACUGACACUGUAAUAUUAGUAAAAUUGCUGAAGUAUUGCUAUUUUAACACUUAAUUAAUUGAAAUGUUGAGAAAGAUUGUUCUGGAAUCUGAACUCCUGCAUAUACAGUGGCCGGAAAAAGUAUCUUGACACUGAAACCACACAAAAGUUAUGUAUAAUAUCCGUAAAGAAUAAUUGACAACGGGCCGGUAAAUUAUUAGAAAAAUAAUGCAAGCCCAAGGUGGUGAUGCAAUCACGACGCGGAAUGAAGUGGUCAUUACACCUCGGGUGAGGAUUAUUUUUCUAAUAAUGCAAUGGUCCGUCGUCAAUUAUUCCUAUUACAAUACAGUUGCCACAACUCAAAACAAUCAAUCAGAUGAUGUAGCAGUCUGAGGGAAAGAGAGCAGGAGAGAUAGAGUAUGUGCUUUCCAUUCAUAAUAAAACAUAAUUUUGUGGCAAAAUAUGGAAAUUAGCUGUCUAUAUAUGUGGUUGUAAGACCUUUGAAAUAAUAGAAACCAUGCGGCAAAGUGAUAUGGAAAUGUAAUGCAGUCAAAGAGCCACCUUGAACUAGGUUCGCUGCACAAUUCCCUGAAAAUAAUUGCACACCUUCGAACAUUCGUCAGCCAAUCGGACUCAAGCAUUCAAUGGUCAAUAAACAUUGUUAUAAAUGCAUUAUAAAUCAGUGACAAAAACGUUGUCAGUUGAGUGAAGUGGUAUCUCUCCAUAUGUUUAACAGCUGUUUAAAGGCUACUAACCAAAGUCUCAGAAAAGUAUGUUUGCAGUUUGUUAUCUAAAGCAGUGACUUGAGUGUCUCUAAAGGUCUUUUUGCGGUCACUGUAUACAGGCAAAGACGGAAGGUUAUGAUAAAUCUGACAGUCUGAAUGAAUAAUUGCCAGUGUGCUUUAAUGUAAGUAAGAUAGUAUCAGUUCUGUGUGCCAUUAAAAACAUUAUAUAUCUGCACUGUUUUACUGUUUUGGAUAAAUAAAAGUUUUUUGUUUGUUUA